UUUCAUAGCUUCCUUCCUGGUCCAGUAGCAGCAUUAUAUUCCUGUAGCGCUGUCAGUAUCAGUGAUGUUGAUAGCGCGUGUUUGGAGGUGUUAAGCAGUAGCCAGCAGGAUGACUACAUGCGUAUGUGCCAACUCGGGACUGCAGUUGAGGCCAAGUACAGAGCAGCAGCCCGUAGGCAAGAUUACGCGGUGUUUUGGAUCUGAUAAAAUUGUAUAAUCCAGGAUAUCAGCGCAUAUUAACACGAUGAGGCCUACUAGUGUCCACUUGGCCAAGUGAAGCUAGGAAAGGGACUUUAAAUAUGUUGGAAAAAGCUGCUGUGCUCUUAAAUGGUAACAGUAAUGCUGCUUUAUAGUAAUGAAUAAAUGAUGAUGAUGAUGAUGCAGAUAAGAUGCUGACCGUGCUGAUGGUCAUAAGGGUGAAUAUGAGAAAGAAAACAAAUAUGAAGCUGACAGUAAGUGAUAACUGCAUGGAUGAUGGCAAGAUGUUGAUGGCAGCUGGACUACUUACCCUGGGGAAGAUCUAGUGAUGACAUCAUCAGGUCUAAUGACACCUUCUGACCCUCUUAGUGAAACUAAUGAAACACAAAGACACACAUACAUUAUGGUUUCUUGUUACAGUAUUGAUUUGGCAUGCCAUUUGUGCUGGAUGGAUGUUACUUGAGAUAGAGAUGAACAAAGCCCUUCAACCUCACAGACAAUAAAAGUAUAUUUUAGCCAUCUACUGCUCUCACUUUACAAUAAUCCUAUACAUUGUAAUCCGUUCUUCACUACUUAAUUCAAACUUUUUCUGUCUUCUCUGUCUUUGAUAAAACAUGUGAAAAUCAAUCUAUUACUGGUCCUGUGCCUGAAUGGAUGAGGCCUUAGCAGCAGCUGACCUAUCUAAAGCCGUUUUCCCUUUGGGCCAAAAGGCGACUCCCCACACCUUGACACCUUGAAACUAUUUUCCAUCUCCUCUUUCCUUUCAUACCUUUUUGUAUUCCCCUCCAGCCCCUGAAGCCCUCCAGUUCAAUCCCUCCUCUACCCUCCUCCCUUCCAAAUCCCCUCUUUGUUUCAAACAUGGACUCCUCUGGAGAGCUAAUUUCAGCCCAGGAUGGACAUCUUGACCCCAGGUGCAGCCCUGGUCGCUCUGAUCUCAGCGGACUGUACCAUCUGGGUCGGACGUUGGGCAGGGGCCACUUCGCGGUGGUUAAACUGGCUCGUAAUAUCAACACUGGCCAACUGGUGGCUGUCAAGAUGAUUGACAAGACAAAACUUGAUGUUAUGGCAACAAGCCAUCUCUUACAAGAAGUGAGAUGUAUGAGGCUGGUGCAGCAUCCCAACGUGGUUCACCUCUAUGAGGUCAUCGACACGAACACCACUCUCUACCUGAUCAUGGAGCUGGCUGAGGGCGGCGACCUCUAUGACUACAUCCUCCGCCAUGAGGGAGGCGUGGCCGAGGGUACCGCCAAGCGUCAUUUUGCCCAGAUAGUGCGCGCUGUGGCAUACUGCCACCGGCUCCACGUGGUGCACCGGGACUUGAAGCCCGAGAAUGUGGUAUUCUUUCCCCAGCAGGGGGCAGUGAAGCUGACAGACUUUGGGUUCAGCAACUUAUUCCAACCUGGGACAAUGUUGGCCACCAGCUGUGGGUCGCUGGCGUACUCCGCUCCAGAGAUUCUGCUUGGAGAAGAGUAUGAUGCUCCAGCUGUUGAUAUCUGGUCUCUGGGGGUGAUCCUGUACACGUUGGUGAUUGGAGUUCCUCCCUUUCAGGAAACCAAUGACAGCGAGACUCUUGUCAUGAUACUGGACUGUCGCUACUCUGUCCCCGAACAUGUUUCAGACGACUGCAAAGAUCUGAUCUCCAGGAUGCUCCAGAAGGAUCCGUCUCACCGUGCCUCACUUGAGGAGAUCGAGGCUCAUGACUGGCUUCAAGGGUUGGAUAACGCGCUGCUCAGCCCAGAGGCCCCACCACACUGGCUCUCAGGGGCCCUUUCUCCCAGUUCUCCCCGCUCAGGAGUGCCUGAGUGUGGGGACCUGCUUGCUGCACGGCCCCCAGCUCAGCAGGUUUUCCCUGGGCCCUGGCAGCCCAGUCUCAGCUUUACCCUCCAUCCACCACCAGCUGAGGAGCCUCCAGUUACCAAGAACCUGCCUGCACUACAGCAGAUCUGUGAAGAGGAAGAGGAAGAAGAGGAGGAGGAAGAGGAGGGCAGUUUGGUAGAGGGAAAAAGUUUGGCAUCACUGUUAGUAGCAGAACCAAAGAAAGAAGCUGAGGAGAAGCUUGAUGAAGCAGAUGAUCAAGUGUGCAGAGAAGAGGAAGAAGGAGUGGGCUCAGUGGAGAUAAUAGAGGAGGCAGGGGAGGACACAACCGAGAUAGCGAUGGAAAUAGAGAACAAAGACAGUGGUUGUGUGAUAUCAGACCAACCAGUCAGUUAUGGAGACAAGCCAGUCAGUCAGACGCCUGAAGUUCCACCAUCGCCUCUGCCUGGUUUAGGGGUCCCGUGUUGUCAGGGGCAGCCAGACCUCACAACUGCAGAGGAAGGAAAAGACGAGGAGACAGAACCGAACAACAACACCAACAAACCCCCUCCCUCCAUCCCUGCGUCCUCUGCCAGACUCAGCCUUAACUGUAAAGUGGCACCAAACACAGAAAGAGAAGGAGAACAAGAAGAAAAAACAGAGGAAGGGGCAGGAGAUGACCACUUAACAGACAAAUCGCAACCCCACAGUGGACUUGGGAACCGGGAUGAGGCUGCUCCGAGGACGGAGCAGGGGAAACGACACAGCAUAAAGCUGCGUGAGAGACUGUUUCAGUUCCCUCUUUGUGAAAAAGCUCUGGCCUUUAACAUACCAACACACAACAAGCCCAAGAUCCUCCCGCUGGCUCAGUACAACUGCUGCCAUGUGCUAUAAGUGAAACCAGCCUGAGUGCUCUCUGUGAGGUGCUGCUCGAUCACUUUGGACAAUCAGGCUGUUUAGCAUUCGGCAGGUGGCUGACUAGUGAGCACAAACCCUUUGAAGUGGCAAACCACUGAGCCCCCUGCUGAGCCUUUCUGCUGCAGAGACCUUAAGGCACGAGAGCAAAGGCCCUCAGCAUGCAAACACCAAGUGUACAGGAUGGGACGUGUAUAGCUUCAUACCUACUAACACUCGGUUUAUAGCAUUUUGCUAAUGUAAUCAACAUUGUGUUAAGCUAGAGUUGGUGUACAGCACAGUAGUCAGACUUAGUAGAACCUCAUCCAUUUGCUGCUGUGCACAGGAGCAACCAUAGAAUUGCAAUGAGUAGACUGUGUCCAA